CACAGGCAAUGUUGGGAAACUGGCAGAGGUGCCUUCAACAGCGAGAAAAUCGACCACAGCAGACUUUUCAAGUGUUGCAUUGUAAUGAUUCGCUCCAGCGCUGUGAUGUCGCUGGGUAUUCUGGCUCUCUGCCUGCUGGCUUGUAUUCAGUCUGGCAUAAACGCAUACCCUGCCAAGCCUGCUAGUCCCCGGGAAGGCGCACCACCUGAGGAGCUCGCCAAAUAUUACUCUGCAUUAAGACACUACAUCAAUCUCAUUACGAGACAGAGGUAUGGGAAAAGAGAUGUCCCAGAUACUGUAUUUUCAGACGUGUUUGUGAGCGAGAGCACAGAGAGUAUUCCAGGAUCAAACUACAUAAGUCCAAAGAGUCCAGAUGAGUGUUUUGUAGAAAACGUGGGGCUCCGUGCUGGGAGUGCUGCACUGAUGAUCUGAACACGAUUUGUAGCCCUCCAGUUGCUCUGGUUUCUGUAAGCGGGCAGUUGGGUGGCUUUUGACCAAGACUUUCUCCAUCCUGAGCAGAGGAAUA